AUGCCAGUGAUAAUAAUAACUGAUUACACGUGGCGGCAAACAACAGAAGAAAUAAUAAUAUCGGUUCCAAUUAAAGGUAGCCCUAAAAAUAUUGAUGUUUUUGCAAUUGAUAAUUAUUUGAAGAUAAGUUACCCGCCUUUUAUACUUGAAUUAUUUUUAUGGAAGAAUAUUGUCGAAGAAGAAAGUCAGUGUAUAUUGUCGGAGUCAUUGGCAACACUGACGUUAAAAAAAUGUGAAAUAGAAGAAGAAUGGCCGAGUCUUAUUGAAGACAAUUUAAGUAAAGAAAAAAAACAUGAAUAUCGUAGUCGAGCUCUGGAACAUGCGCGACUGGCUGCUGAGAAACGGGAAGAAGAUAAAAAAAGAAAAUAUCGAGAUCUAGGGAGACAGGCAGUAAGAGAACAAAUAGAACUUGACUCUAAAGUACUGAGUAAAAUUAAUGAGAUUCGUGAUUCUCACAGAAGAGAAGCAAUGGACGAGUUUGAAAAUUGGCGGAAAAAUUCAGAGAAAAAAAUUUUUUGUGAUGAGAAAGCGGUAAAACAAGAGAACAGGAAGUCUUACAACAUGACAAUUUAUAAAUCACAUAAAAAAAACCCACCUUGCCUGGAAUCCCCGACAGAUGAGAGGUCACCAAGUCCAAUAAAGCAGUUAGACAAGCAAAAUCGUAUCCUUGAUACGUCUUAUAAGGAAAGAGAAGCCGAUAGUAAACGAGGAAAAGAAAUAAUCGAUAAACUUCUAACUGGUAAAUAUCGUAUUAAUAAAAAAAAACAAAUCUUUGACAAGUCUGACGUAAGUAUUCCUGCUCCGAGGGAACCUGGUAAAAUCACAGUAACAUUCUCGGAACGUGUAUUUCCAACUCCAGCUAGAGAAAGUUAUUAUCUAGAAGAACAAGAGUGGCUUGAAAAACAAGCCGAGGCACGAAGAAAGUGUGGAUUUGUUUCGGAGGAUUUGAGAGUUGAAGAACAAGAUCCUCAGUGGCUGAAAGAUAAAGGAGAUGAAUUUUUCAAGGUCGGCAACUAUUUAGCGGCAAUAAGUGCAUACACUCAUGGUAUCAAGCUAAGUGACAAGAUGUCAAGUCUUUAUGCAAAUAGAGCAGCAGCUCAAUAUGCUUUGGGAAAUUAUCAGAGAUGUGCUGAAGAUUGUUCUAAGGCUCUAGAAUUAAUGGAACCAAAGUGCGAAGGUAAUCGUGAAUCACGGGCCCGGUGUCAUGCCCGUUUUGGUGCGGCUCUCUGUAAAUUGUCGGCACCUCAGCACGGAAUUCCAGAAUUAGAGGCAGCCCUUAAAUUAGCUCCCGACAACGAGACUAUUAAACGUGAUUUAGAAGCGGCAAGAAAAUACUUUCAACUUGCCAAUUAAGUGCAAACUACACGAGUACAAUUUGUAAAAAAAAAAAAAAAAAAAAAAAAAAAACAAUAUCUAAGUGCCAUAGUUUCAUUAAAAACCAUCACACAUAAAAAUAAAAAAACACAUUGCACAAACAUUAAUUGCUUACUUAUGAAAUGUUAAAAUAUCAAUAAAAGAUAAUUAAUAAAUCA